CGGACAUGCAGCUGCCAUCCACUUACUGUUCUCAAUUCGUGGGUACCCAACCUUGUCCGAAUCCAUACCCAACAUUGUGGGAUACAAGUGCUGCGCCGCUUGCAAGGGGAAUAACGAGAAGCUAGCCCUUCUCGUUAGCAAUCUCACCUUCACCAUGGCCAACCUAACCAGCGUCAUCAACGACGAGAUCAAGGCCCGUAACACCGAGAUCUCGUCCAUCAACGAGCAAAUCCACGCCAACCCCGAGCUGGCCUACGAAGAGUACAAGGCCCACGAUGCCUUUGUCUCGAUUCUCAAGUCCCUCGGGUUCGAGGUCACCCCGCACGCCUUCGGCCUCGAGACGGCAUUCUCGGCCGAGUACGGUUCGGGCGGCCGGCUGGUCAUCUACAACGCCGAGUACGACGCGCUCCCGGGGAUCGGCCACGCUUGCGGGCACAACCUGAUCGCAUCCUCCUCCUUCGCCGCGUUUCUCGGCGCGGUCGCGGCUCUCAAGACCUCCGGUCAGCCGGGUCGGGUCCGGCUGCUCGGGACACCAGCCGAAGAAGGCGGCGGCGGCAAGCUCAAGCUGAUCGCGAACGGGGCCUUCGCGGGCGCGGCGGCGAGCCUGAUGGUGCACGCGGGGCCGGGCCACAACCUGUCCGAACCAAUACGCGGGGUGGCGUUCGUGCGGAUGCUGGCCAACAUCAAGACGCGGAUCCACUACACGGGCCGCGAGUCGCACGCGGCCAUCGCGCCCUGGGACGGCGUCAACGCGCUCGACGCCGUGUGCCUGUCCUACAACGCCGUCAGCAUGCUGCGCCAGCAGAUCCGCCCCUACGAGCGCAUCCACGGCAUCUUCCGCGCCGCCGGCGACCGCCCCAACGUCACCCCCGCCGACUGCACCGUCGAGUACUACUGCCGCAGCGCCACCAAGCGCGGCGCCGAGGCGCUGUGGGGGCGGCUGCAGAAGUGCUUCGAGGGCGCCGCCACCGCGACCGGCUGCGCCAUGCGCCUGGAGCCGCUCAACUCGUACGCCGACGUGCGCCCGAGCAAGGGGCUCUGCGAGGCCUACAUCGAGGCCAUGCCCGAGGGGACCGUCGACAUGUACGAGCCUGCGGACAUCCUGGCGGGGAGUACCGACAUGGGAGACGUGUGCUACGAGUGUCCGGGGUUUCAUGGCGUGUUUGGCAUCGACACCAAGGAGGGCGAGGCAAACCACACCAAGGGGUUUGCGGCGGCCGCUGGGACGCCGGACGCGUUUGAGCGGGCGCUGGAGUGCGGGCGCGCCAUGGCGGCGGUCGGGUGGAAGAUGUUGAGUGAUGAUGCGUUUGCGGGGAGGGUGAAGAAGGAAUGGGAGGAGGAUAUGCAGCGGGCGGUGGAGGGGAAGGUGGCGGCAUAAGCAUGGGUCUGAAGUUUGAACGGUCGAAAUGAUGAAGGUCCCCGGGAUAAGAAAAAGGUCCGCGGAGAACCAAAGUCGAAAAAGUGAUGGAUGAAAGGGGUGAGAGAUGAAAGAGGUGAGGAAAAGUCGUUAAAUGCCGCUCAAACUGCUAGAAAUCAGGAAAUAUCUUGAACCUGCCGGAGCUGUCUCUGCUUCUCCCACAGAUUAUUUAUUCUUUAAUACAGCCGUUAAUACGAACUCAGGUUUCGUUGUCA